AUGCCGUUCACUUUUCACCUGCCUGUUGACUUCUACCGAGCCCGUCACCUCUGCAACCUCGAUGCCCCCGAAAACAAUGCCCCCAAAAAGCGGCAGACAGAAAAGACUUCACCGCGGCAAUACAAAGCAGGCGGUAACAAGACCAAUCAAGAGACCUAUAAAUAUGGCCUUCUUCCCUGGCUCUGUGUCGAAACAAUUCUCUUCCUUACCAUAUCUGACGGAUUCCCUCAAGCUGUAACCAAGCUGCCCUGCUACAGCGGAUGA